AUGUCAAAUAAACAACUCGGCAAUAACGACAGGUUCCAGGUAGGAGUCAGACUUGGAUGGAUAGUUUCACAAGACUUGCAAUCAUUGGAAAAUGCUCCAUCCAGAAAAGACUAUAAUAUCGUUUUGGUGACCAUGGUAGAAGAUGCAGUUUCCUGUUACACAUUGUGCAAAGAAAACUUGGCGAUCUUGAAAGAAUUCGUCAGAAAAUCUGAAGGCAAGUCCACGUUUGCUAAUGAGCCGAAGAGUGGUUCGGUUUGUUUAUUGCGAGCCAACAGCAUAGGUGACACUAUGAGGUUUGCUGCCAAGCUUGCCACUGUUUUAGCCGCCCCGGGAGAGUGCUUUGGAAUACCUGGUACUCUACGGAUCGGAUAUGGUAAUUCUAAGACUGAACUGUUAGAGGCACUCAAAAUUAUUACGUUAGCUUAUGAGCAGCAUUUCAAUUGA